UGAAAUUUACAUUGACAAGUGAGCCACUUUAAGAAGUGGCUUUCUGUGUAUUGUUUCUGGAAAAGUUAGUAUUUUCUUCUUUGUAUGAUUUGUAUGGUAUUUGCUCGGCCAAAGAUACAAAAGUACAAGAGGUGUCAACUGUCCAACGCAGCAGCAAACGUUUCAGUCACGUGCUUUCAUCAGUGCUAGACCACCUGUUCUACAGCACAACUCUCUCUCUGCUUUGAGUCAGGAUUUAUAAAGAGGAAUGGAUUGUGGAUGCAAACUCUGGAUCUUUGUUUGAAUCAUGUUUCUAAGGGAGGGCGUGUGCUUUCCAUUUGCUGGAGAAUGAGAUUCCAUUUGGAUUAACACAUCAGAGAGCUGACUGAACCAGUAAGAACCGGGCUGGUGUAAAACUGCUGGCAGAUCAGCCAAUCAAACCUCAGUAGUACAAUGCUGCCCCAUGCAAAAAGUGCUGUUUGAUAAUCAGGUGUGUCUAACAGGAAGAGCGAAGUAAAGUUUCUCACAGGUAAAGCUUAAGUUACCUCACGGACCUUUUUAAUAUGAUUCCAAUGAAUGUUUUCCAGAAAUGAAUGAAUCUCAGAAAAAAAAGAAUUUAUGGGAGGGAAAAACAAUGCUGGACUGAGAAGAAGAACAGAGAUUUGAGAGGUUAAAGAGGCUUAUUUACCUGCCAUUUGAGUAACUGCAGUAAGUGAAACUGAAACUUAAGCUACUGUAUUUAGCAGAAAUCAUUACUGAGCUCAGAACAGACUGAGACAGAAUGGCGUCUGGAUCUUCUCUCAUGGAAGAGGAGCUGUCCUGUCCUGUGUGCUCUGAAAUCUUCAGGGAUCCUGUUGUCCUGAGUUGCAGUCACAGCUUCUGUAAGGCCUGUCUGCAGAAGUACUGGGAACAGAAGGGAUCUCGGGAGUGCCCAGUUUGCAGGAGAAUAUCUUCUAUGGAUAUACCUCUCCCGAACCUGUCUCUGAGGAAUACCUGUGAGGCGUUCUUAAAGGAGAGAAGUCAGAGAGCUAAAGCAGGAUCUGAAGUGCUCUGCAGUUUGCACAGUGAGAAACUCAAACUCUUCUGUUUGGAGGAUCAAAUACCUGUCUGCCUUGUCUGCCAAACUUCAAGAAAACAUGCAAACCACGAACUGCUACCAGUUCAGGAGGCUGCAGAAGAGUAUAAGGAGAAACUCAGGUCUGCACUGGCUCCACUGCAGGAGAAGCUUAAAGCCUUUAAUGCAAUGAAACUAGUCUGUGAUCAAACAGCAGAGCACAUCAAGAGCCAGGCCCAGCACACAGAGAGACAGAUAAAGAUGGAGUUUGAGAAACUUCAGCAGUUCCUAAAAGAUGAAGAGGCAGCCAGGAUCACUGCACUGAGGGAGGAAAAGGAGCAUAAGAGUCAGAUGAUGAAGGAGAAGAUUAAGAAGAUGGCAGAACAGAUAUCAUCCCUUUCAGAACAAAUCAGAGCCAUAGAACAGGAGCUGGGAGCUGAAGACGUCUCAUUCCUGCAGCUUUAUCAAGCAGAAGAAUUGCAAGCCCAGUGCACACUGGCGGAUCCAGAGAAGGUCUCAGGAGCACUGAUUGAUGUGGCCAAGCACCUGGGCGAUCUGAAGUACAGAGUGUGGGAGAAGAUGCUGGGGACUGUUCAAUACACUCCUGUGACUCUGGACCCAAACACAGCAUAUCCCAGACUCUCACUGUCUGAGGAUCUGACCAGUGUGAGACGCAGUGGUGAGAGACAGCAGGUUCCUGAUAAUCCAGAGAGAUUUGAUGCAGGGCGGUGUGUGCUGGGCUCUGAGGGAUUCAGCUCAGGGAGACACUGCUGGGAUGUAGAAGUGGGGGGUGAGGACUGGGUGGUGGGUGUGGCUAAAGAGUCCUUCAGCAGAAAAGGGGAUAUGGAUUGGAGUCCAGCAGGAGGAGUGUGGGGUAUAGGGCUGGACAAUGGGACAUACAGAGCUCUCCCCUCCCCAUGUACAGCCCUCACUGUGCAGAGGAAACCCCAGAGGGUCAGAGUGCAGCUGGACUGGGACAGGGGGGAGGUGUCAUUCUCUGACCCCAGUGACAACACUCCUCUCUACACUUUUAAACACUCCUUCACUGAGAGAGUGUUUCCAUUCUUCUGGCCUGAUUCUCUGCUGAUCUGUCCUUUGAAGGUGUCUGUAAGAGUGGAAUAGUGCUGUGGUUUGUGGGCAAGGAUCAGGUGAACAGACUGCUUCUUUCGCUUUGACAAGAUUAAUGAGUAUAUUUGCAGAUAAUAUCUUUUACAAUAUUUUAUUGAAUCAUUUACAAAAUAUAGAUCCAUUUCUGCAGCAGUUCAUGAUGAAUGUAACUUUGAAAUCUCAUGAUGUUGCAGUAAAAAUCAGGUUAAAAGAACUGCAUUCCAUCACAUCUGAGCAGGAUUCAUUAAAAUAUUUGCCGGUCAAACAGCAUCAACAAAAUAUUAUUUUAUUUGAAACGUUCUGUAGUGUUUCCAUGAGAAGUGUCUAAUUUCUUUUCACAUAACUUCCCAAUGUUAUCACUGAGUAAUAACUGUGCUAUACGGUGGUAGUGUAAGUAUGUCGGUUUGUGUGUAAUCAGUUGAGGUGUAAUAAAUACACCAGUGGAAUCA